AGAUUACGCCUUGACUCUUGACUGGGGAAACGGGAGACAACUUUUCAGAAAUCCGAAACAGGCGAGCCGCCGCCGCCGCGACCUUUCCUCGUCAGGCUUGCAGCGUUGUUGCAGGCUCCGCCUCCGAUGGCGCUCUCGCGCCUCUCCCACCGCCUCCUGAGCCCAACGGCUGUCGCCGCCGCGCACUUCCCCAUACCUAAAACAUUCACCCAUGGCCGCGACCCCUUCAUCCUCCUGAAUCCCGGCCGCCGCUUCUUCUCCGCGCCCUCAAACCCCAGCCCCAACCCCUCCUCCACGACAUCAGAGCCCAGCCAAGGCGCCCCAUCCGCGCCCGCGUCGCCGGAUGAGAUGCGGCACCAGGAGAUCGAGGGCCCCACGGUGGAGCGCGAUACGUCGCCGCUGGCCGACGAAACGCGGCGGGAGCUCGACGCGCUCCGCCGCACCGUGCAGCGCCUCAGCGGCUCGCUCGCGCUCCUCGGAGGAGCGCACCUCGCCGCCGGCGCGUGGAUAUCUUACGGUGCUCCGCCUCUCGGUGUCGGAUCCGCCGCGGCAGUGCAGGGAGUGGCGGCGUUCGCGUUCCCCUUCGCGGUCGCCCUGGUGCUACGCCGCGCCAUCAAGCCCAUCGCCUUCUUCCAGAAGAUGGAGGCCAACGCGAGGCUGCAGGUGCUCACGUUGUGCCUCCAGGCUACGAAGAACGUUAACCUCAUGCUGCUCCGGACACGGGUGAUGGCCAUCUCUUGCGCUCUGGGAGUGUCUGUCGCGUCAGUUGCUGCGGUGUUUAUUAGAUGAUUUUAAGUUCAGACCUCUGCCGGAAGGAUACUUAGUUUUCAGUAUCAAAAGGAAUAAAAAUGCACUGCUAAUAGGCAAGUAGACUUCGAACUAAAGAUAUUUUGGUGCUUUUGGAUGUUGGAUUAUGCUUAGUUUUGGUGAUUGUACACGGGAGAGGGGAGAUUAAAAUAUGAUUGUUCGAGACAUUUCUAUUACAAUGAUAUUAAUCUUCAGCUUGUAGAACCAAUUGGUAAAAUGUAGUAUCUUCCUUUUAAAUGAACCAGCUCCAUACCGAUAUCCUGUUUGUUAAUAAAUUGGCUACAACCACAAUUCUUUA